CGCGACUUCGGGCCGCCCUGACUGCGCGCCGCCUGGUGCGCGCGACCACACAGCAUGCAGUCUCGGUGCUGGCCAGUCCUGAGGGAGGGUCUGCAGGCUGUCCUGGACCCUGGGAGCGAGGCACUCAGGCAGCUGUGUGGGAUAUCUCCAUUCGAGACACGUGCCUUUAGGACAGUCGGGUUCGUGGGCCUCGCCGAGUUGGCAAGGGCACUGCUGGCAGCGGGUCUCGCAGUGGAUGCGGCCGAUGACGAUGGGAAUACCAUGUUGCAUGGAGCAGCAGCAGGAGGCCAGCUGCGGCUCGCAGAGUUGCUGCUGGACCAAGGUGCCGACACGGAGAAGAGCAACCGCAAAGGCAACACCCCCAUCAUAGUUGCCGCCAAGAAAAAUGCUGUGGAGAUGGUGAAGCUCUUAGCUGCACAUGGAGCGCAAAUCAACAGACCGGGGCAGUAUGGGCUGUCUUGCAUGCAAUGGGCGGCGAGUAAGGGCUGUGUACAGGUGGUGCACCACCUGAGGGAAGUUACUACUCUGGAAGAGCACGAGUCCCUCCUGCAUGGCGCUGCUUGCGGCGGCCAUCUGGAGAUGGUGCAGUACCUGAUACGGGCCGGCGAGGAUGCCAGUGCCAGGGACAAUGACAACGAUACGCCAAUGCACUGGGCAGCGUGGAAUGGCCACGUGGAUGUGGUACAUGCCUUGGUGGAGGCCGGGGCAACCAUCGAGGCCAGAGACAACUGCCGCAUGACACCGCUGCACCGGGCGGCGGGCGAUGGUCGCCUGGAGGUGGUGCAGUACCUGGUGCGGAACGGGGCCAGCUGCAUGGCCAGAGACUCUUGUGGCAAGACCCCCCUGCACUUGGCAGCAUGCACUGGCCAGAUGGAUGUGGUCUGCUGCCUCGUGGAGAGCAGGGCAGAUACACGAGCCAAAGAUAUCAACAAGAUGUCGUCUUUCGAUCUUGCUAGAUACAAACAUGAUGAUGUAACAGAGUAUCUUUCAUAUUUCCCCCACUAGCAUCACCACUGGUGGAAUAAUAAAGGCGAGGCAUUAUGUUUGUUUAGAUUCUUUAACUGAUGUAAGUUGCAACUAAAUUACUCUGAUACAAGAAUAAGAAGGAUAAUGGUGUUUCAUUUUGCAUAUCUUGUAAGCCAUAUAGCAUAGAACCAAUAUAUACAUGU